UAAAUUUUAUUAUUUUGACUACGGAAAAUACACGUGCUUGUUCGUCUACAUAAAACCAGCGUUUAAAAAAUAUUUUACUUUUAGAUAAAAACACAAUUUUAUAAAAAUGCCUAAAUCAAAGAGAGAUAAGAAAAUUUCAUUGACCAAAACUGAUAAAAAAGGACUUGCUUGGAAGCAACAAAUCAUAGAAGAUAUACGAAGAUGUGUUGAGAAAUACCCCAACAUUUUCGUGUUUUCGGUACAAAACAUGAGGAAUAAUAUUCUAAAAGAGCUCCGUAAUGAAUGGAAACAAAAUUCUAGAUUUAUAUUUGGUAAAAACCGUAUAAUGCAAAUAGGAUUGGGACGAACAAAAGCUGAAGAAGUUCAGCAGGAAUUGCACAAGGUAUCCCGAAAGUUAUUAGGGCAAUGUGGUCUGUUAUUUACAGAAAAGUCCAAAGAAGAUGUUUUAGAAUGGGCUAAAAAUUACUCGGCGGACGAGUAUGCACGUAGUGGAUUUGUUGCAACAGAGACUGUAGUAUUACCUGCCGGUCCAUUGGAAGAGUUUGCACAUUCAAUGGAGCCACAUUUACGUUCGCUCGGCAUGCCAACAAAACUAGAGAAGGGAGUUAUAACACUUUACAGUGAUUACACGGUGUGUAAUGAAGGAAACGUCCUUACACCGGAACAAGCGAGAAUUCUUAAACUCUUGAAUAAACCUAUGGCAAAGUUUUGUCUGACGAUAAAAUGCUCUUGGAAUAAGAAGGAUGGAUUUGAAAUGCAUUCGAGUAAUCAGAACGAUACAAAGAGUGAAAGCGAGAGCGAAGAAGAUGAUGUUGAAAUGGAAGCCGACGAGAAUGAUAAUGAGGAGGAUGAUGAAUAGAAAUAAAAUAUAAUUAAACAUAAGAUUUAUUUUUAUAUAAUUAAUAUAAUAUUCGUAUUAUA